AUGGGCACUUUCGGAUCGCAAACGAGUAGCUACAACAGGCUGGUCACGGCCUUUGUUGCUGUGGGGUCAUUGACCUAUGGUUACUGCUCCUCGAUAAUCUCGAGCACCAUCGGCCAACCAGGGUGGUAUACCUAUUUCAACCUUCCACAAGAGGGCCAGCCUGGAUACGCAUCGACCACGACAUCAGCCAUAUCGACUGCCAACGGUGUAUACAGCGCUGGGGGUGCAGUUGGAUGUCUUUUCAUUAUGUGCAUGUUUCAGGCAGGGCGUUUUAUCUGCGGCCUAGGAAUCGGAAUCCUGGUAACGGUCUGCCCCCUGUACCUCUCCGAAAUAUCGAGCGCUUUCCGCCGAGGCUGGCUUGUGGGCCACCAUGCUAUAUUUCUGGUCUUCGGGUACAUGCUUGCUGGAUGGGUUGGCUAUGCGUGUUACUUUGCGCAAGGUCAAAUGGGUACUUUCAGUUGGAGGUUUCCGCUUUGCCUUCAAUGCCUCCCACCUUUUUUCCUGCUUCUUGGGUCACCGUGGGUUCCCCGCUCUCCUCGCUGGUUGAUCAGCAAAGGGAAACAAAGCGAGGCCCAAUCAGUCUUGGAGCGACUGCGCAAAUCUCCUGAUGAUCCCGACAAUCUCGUUGCCAAGGAAAAAUUCUACCAGACCGCCCAACAGAUUCAUCUGGAGAAAGAGCGAUUGUUUGUCUAUGGCAGUAACAACUACGCCGUCAUAUUAUACACUAACCUGGGGAUGACAGGCGGCAUGCCCUUGCUUCUCAGAAUAAUAUAUAACCCGCUAGGAGCUUGGCUUCAUGACAGAGUAAACUCAAGGCGGAAAAUGUAUAUUGUUGGCUUUUUCGGGAUUAUUAUCUCUACAUCCUGCCUAGCUGGCAUGACGCCACAAACUUUCUGUGAUACCACGAUGUACCUCUAUGUGUCUGAAAUAUUUCCCACCGAAAUUCGGCCGAUUGGCAUGGGCUUUUCAUUAUUUGGACAAUUUGCUGUCAUAUAUUUCUUUUUCCCCGAGACAGCCCGUCUGACCCUCGAGGAAGUCGCGAAGAAUUUUGGUGAAGAGGUUGCCGUCCGCCUCACGGAUGCCACGGACGAGGAGAAGGCACGACUCGAACGGGAUCUUGCAGUUGGAUGUCACGCCUAUCAAUCAUCCAGAAUAAAGACAGAAAGUGAAACUGUUGACGACUCUGUCUUUAAAAUGAAGUCUAAUCAGCAUGAUGUCAGUUAA